GGCGAGCCGAAGGUUCAAACCAGCAGGCAGCACAUUGUGAGCACGUUGGUUAACGUUACCUCCCUGCAGCGCACAGUACGCAGCUCACUGUCGUGCAGGUGUUUUGCAUAAGGGAGCUCGUUGCUUUCUGCUUUAACACAGUGUUGCUACCUGAAGUCAUGGCUGACCAAGCGGCCACCAUGUGUGAGCAGCUCAUCAAAGCUGUGAAUGUGAUGAUGGACGCAGAAACCGGACAGAUAUACCGACUGGAGGCCCUGAAGUUUUGUGAGGAGUUUAAAGAGACGAGCUCCUUCUGUGUCCCAUGUGGCUUACAGUUAGCAGACAAAGCCCAGCCAGCUGUAGUGAGACACUUUGGUUUGCAAAUCCUGGAGCACGUCAUCAAGUUCCGAUGGAACAACAUGCAACAACAAGAGAAAGUCCAGCUGAAGGAGUGUGCCAUGCAGCUGUUAUCAACUGGUACCCAUGCUAUCCUGGAGGAGGAGAGCCACAUCAAAGAUGUCCUGUCACGAAUCACUGUGGAAAUGAUAAAGAGAGAAUGGCCUCAACAUUGGCCAGAUAUGCUGAAAGAGAUGGAGGCUCUCACUAGCCAUGGGGAGGCGCAGACAGAGCUGGUGAUGUUGAUCCUGUUGAGGCUGGCGGAGGAUGUGAUCACCUUCCAGACGUUGCCCACCCAGCGACGCAGAGACAUCCAGCAGACGCUCACCCAAAACAUGGAAAGCAUCUUCAGCUUCAUGAUGGCCAUUCUGCAUGUUAAUGUGGAGGACUACCGCAAACUGAAAGGGUCACCCGGACAUGAACUGCAGGCCAGAGCUCACUGUCGAGUCGCUGUGGCUACACUAAACACCCUCGCAGGCUACAUAGACUGGGUGUCUCUGGUGCACAUCACCUCCGGGAACUGUCACCUACUGGAGAUGUUGUGUUUGCUGCUGAGCGAACCGGAGCUGCAGCUGGAGGCAGCAGAGUGUCUGCUCAUCGCUAUCAGCCGGAAGGGCAAGCUGGAGGAUAGGAAGCCAUUCAUGCUGCUGUUUGACGACGUCGCCAUCCACUACAUCCUUUCUGCAGCCCAGUCAGCAGACGGACUGGCAAUAUGUAAGAAAUCCUCUGAAUCACAAGCAGUGGAGGUGGUGGAGCGGCGUUACAUCUUCCUGAAGAGGCUGUGUCAGGUCCUGUGUGCUCUGGGAGGCCAGCUCGGCUCAUUAGUGGGUUCAGAUGUAGAGGUCGAGGUACCUGCAAAUCUCAGCAAGUACAUGGAAGCCUUUUUAGCAUUCACUACACAUUCCAGUCAGUUUUUAAAGUCGUCCACUCUGGCUACGUGGGGAGCUUUGUUCAGACAUGAGACUCUGUCGAAGGACGCGGUUGUUGUGGAGAUGGCCAUCAAAUACCUCAGAGCGUCUAUGACCAACCUUGUCAAGACUGGAUUUCCAUCUAGAAACGACAGCCCAAGUUGCGAGUACUCCCGUGUGGACUUUGACAGCGACGAGGACUUCAAUUCGUUCUUUAAUUCUUUCCGAGCGCAGCAGGGAGAGGUGGUGAGGAUUGCAUGUCGCGUUGUCCCUCUGGAGGCUUUCCAGAUAGCAGCAGAGUGGUUACAGUAUCAGAUCGCCAGCCCUAUCGAUACUGGGGCUAACACAUCUAAGACUGCUGAGGGCCUGUGCUCCCUCCUCUCUCCAUCAGUGGUCCAGUGGGACGCAAUGACCGUCUUCAUGGAGUGUAUGGUCGCGCAGAUCUUCAAAAAUCUGGAGGAGGAGAAGUUGCCCAUAGAUCAGAGCAUGGAGCUCCUGCAGGCCGUGCUCAACUACGACACCAAAGAUCCGCUCAUCAUGUCCUGCGUGCUCACCAACGUCUCUGCCCUCUUCCCGUUUGUCAUACAAAGGCCGCACUUCCUGCCACAGGUCCUCUACAAGCUGUUUAAAGCUAUCACAUUUGAGGUUGGUCAGGAAAGUAAGGCACCUCGGACACGAGCGGUAAAGAACGUGAGGAGGCACGCCUGUUCUUCCAUCAUCAAAAUAUGCCGGGAUUACCCACAGUUCAUCUUGCCUUGUUUUGACAUGUUUUACAAUCACGUGAAGAAGUUGUUCUCAAGCGACGCCACGCUCACUCACAUGGAGAAGUGUUCCCUGAUGGAAGCUCUGGUGCUCAUCAGUAACCAGUUCAAAGACUUGGCGAAGCAGCAGGCUUUUCUAGACGAACUGAUGGCUUCAGUGGUUGCAGAAUGGACCUCGGAUGAGAUGAGGCAUGUGCUGUGGGACCCUGCUGUGUUCCUGUCUUAUGUUGGCGCUGAUCAGGUGGUCACUGACCAAAGUAAAGAUGCAGACACAGCGGGCCUUAAUAGGGGGCGGUUGGGUUUCUGCUUGUACGCCAUGUUGGGGGUGGUGAAGCGGGCACGCUGGCCUGCAGACCUGGAGGAAGCCAAGGCUGGUGGCUUCGUGAUGGGCUACACCCCCGCUGGAGCUCCCAUCUACAGAAACCCCUGCACUGCCCAGUUUCAGGUUAUACUGCCCAACCUGCUGGCUCUGAUCAGGACUAACAACAGUCUGUUCAUGCCAGAGAACAUGGCUCGUCUGAGUGAGACUUUCUCCCGGGCCCAUGAGGUGAUGGAUGCAGAGAAAAAUGUGGUUCUCGGUCUCUCUCAGCAUCUUCUGGAUAUCUAUGACUCUCCUGUGUACAGAACCAACCUGGAGCGGAUGCAGGGAUUUUUCACCACGUUGUAUGACAACUGCUUCCACGUCCUGGGAAACGCAGGUGUGUCCCUGCAGCAGGAAUUCUACUCCAUUGAGAGGUUGAGUGAAGAAAUAGCUGGCUCUGCUUUCGUCUCCCUCGACCAUGUGCCUGACCACAGACUUCGCCCUAUGAUUCGGGUGUUUGUGAGGCAGAUGGUGCUAUCGUGUCCUCAGGAGUACCACAACAGUCUACUCUGCCCCCUGCUGGGACCUCUGUUCGCCUACAUGCAGCAGAGACUCAACGUCAAGUGGCAGGUCAUCAACCAGAGGACCUCUGUCAAUGGCGAGGAUGAGGAGGAGGUGGUGUGUCAGGACAGCCAGGUGACGCAGGAGAUGUUGGAGGAGCAGCUGGUGCGCCUGCUCAGCAGGGAGGUGCUGGAUCUUCUCACUGUGAGCUGUAUUUCAAAAAAAGUGCCUGAACAAGCAGCAAAUAAGGAGGAAAUAGAGGAGGAAGACAUGAUGGAUUCCGCGCAGAUGGCACCUCCUGCCCAGCCCACAGAGGAGCUGACUGAGCUGGGAAAAUGCCUGCUGAAACACGAGAACAUCUACAUGACCCUGCUGACCCUCUCCUACACCUCUCUGUCGUGGAAGGACACCACUAACUGUCACCGCACUGCUUCCAUGGUCUGCUGGACACUUCUGCGGCAGGUCGUAGGGGGUAAUCUUCUUCCCGAGGCGGUCACAUGGUUCUAUACCAGCGUUCUUCGGGGCCUUCAGGUUCACGGGCAGCAUGAGGUCUGCAACUCUACGCUCUCCCAGCUGGCAAUGGUCAUCUAUGAAAACCUGCGGCCUCGCUACGUAGAGCUGAAAGCAGUGAUGACCCAGAUCCCAAACAUCAGUGUGGAGGCUCUGGAGCAGUAUGACCACAGGCUCCUGGACCCCAAUGCCCAGAAGCCUGGAGACAAGAAGAGGAAAGACCAGUUCAAGAAGCUCAUUGCAGGAACUGUUGGGAAAGCUCUGUGCCAGCAGUUCAGGAAGGAGGUUCAUAUCCGGAAUCUUCCAUCGCUCUUUAAAAAGCUGAAGCCAGACAAGGAUGUGACGAGCAGUGAAGCACUGGGCCUGGAAGCUCUCUUCUCCCCGGAGAAUAACACCCUGUAGGAACACAUUGUGGUUUCUAAUGGACUUCAUACUGGCUGAAGACGGAGUUGUGUGUACAAAACAGGGUUUCCGUCACCAUCCUCCAGCUGCGGCUCCACCUAACAUAACUGUCAACACUCCUGUUUAUCAGUAGGUCAUCUUUUAUCUCAACCCUCGUUGUGCCACAGCACCACUCACACUCAAAAGUAACAUCUUUCCAGGCAAGUAUCACAGUAGAUCCCUUUAAAUCCUACUGCACACUUCUUCUCCAUUCCCUUGCUCAUGCCAAUAAAGGAGGUAUACGAGCUAUGGAAAUGUAUGUUAAAUAUCAGAUUAAAAAUGGUCUGUUUCUGUGUCGGAUUGUGUUAAGAGACAAUCUUAGAAUAGCAGACUAACCAUUCAUAUUUGCUCUGCAGCAGAAGCUUUAUUGAGCCACAAAACUAUCUUGAAACAGGGCAGAUUCUGUACUCUGUUGCUUCACUUUGGGUCUUUUUCAUUUUAAGGGGCAAUAUUUGCCUGUUACCCAGCAUCAUGCACACUAAUCAUGUCAGAUUUAUGAAUCAAACUGAGAGCCCAGCUGUGGAUUGAUAUUCAGCAUUGAAAUUGACAUCUAAUGAUAUCCAAACAAGCAAAUUAUAGCCAAUAGCUGCACAAAUAGCCUGUUAGGAAGGAGUGUGUGUGCUUGUGGAGAGACGGAGACCUUUUUGUACUUGUGAAAUCUUAAUUUCAGAGGUUAGUGUUGGUAGAUAUGUUGUGUGACCGCGCUGCUGCUGUAGAGGCUGUCAUAUUCCGGGUCACGAAGAACAAAAAUAAGUUUGGUACACGUUUCUUUAUUUGCUGUAAUUUCCUCUGACUGGACAAGCUUGAAUGCAGUCUCUAAUUCUGAAGGAUGUGCUGAAAGUACCUCAGGUGCGACGAUCCCUAAGACGGGGUGAAGAUGCUUUAUGGAAAUAUACCCUAAGAAAAGAAAAAGCCGCUGAAUUAUCUUUUAAUUGAUUUAGGUUUUUGUAGAUAUAAAUAUGAACAGCUGUUUUCUAAUUUGCUGAUAUUACACAGUAGUUGGUUCAGGCAGUGGUAGUUCGCAUUUUGCCGGUUCUUCAUAUCAGCACAAGCCCAAGUAGUGUUUUGAAUUGCUUAUUUAAUGCAGAGCACAUAUCAUACUACAAAUACUACAGCCACAUAUUGUGCCAAAACACUCACGGUAGACUUUGACAAACGUGACGAGACAAUUAUGUCUGAAAAGCAAAACCUAAUGAGAUAUAAAUUUCAUAAAGAUUAUUUAAAGGUGGAAUUGAUGUGUAGCUUAAUCCAAGUCUUUCUGUUUUCUAGCUGUUCAGUUGGUGAUGAUAUUCUGUUGUUGUUUUUUUGUUUGUACUGGUUUUGCCAGCCAUAAGGAAAAAGAUGAACCAGCACUACAUUCCUUCAUUGUCCAAGGGAUUGUUUUUAAGCAUAAUUUGAUGGGUGUAUUUUGCUCUUAUGGAGCUGUCACGGUAGAGAGUGAUUUGUGUUGUGUUUUGUAGACUCAGAGCAAAAAUAACUGGGAGUUAUUUUUGGCUUGGAGUGAGCCCCCUUUAAAUGCAUACAGACUGGUUUGUAUUUCAGAUAUUUCACAUCAUACUUGCCCAGAUUUCCCCAUCUUUGUGAUGAUUGUGUGUUCACAUGUGGCCAUUUAAAAAAAAUAAUGCUUGUUCAACACUAAAAUGUUCUGUACAAAGGAGAAAAUAGGAUUUUUAAAAGUGUAGUUUGGUUUAUAUUUUGUUGUUUUUAAAUAAAAAAUGAUUGAUUUCAAUUUAUCUAAAAA